UCUACAAAUCAUAAGGAUAUUGGUGUUUUAUAUUUUAUUUUUGGAAUUUGAUCUGGUAUAGUUGGUUUAUCUAUAAGAAUAAUUAUUCGUUUAGAAUUGGGGGUUACUGGUAGUGUUUUAAUAAGAGAUCAACUUUAUAAUAGAAUGGUAACUGCUCAUGCUUUUGUUAUAAUUUUUUUUAUAGUUAUACCUAUUAUAAUUGGAGGAUUUGGUAAUUGAUUAGUUCCUUUAAUAUUAGGAGCUCCAGAUAUAGCUUUUCCUCGUAUAAAUAAUAUGAGAUUUUGGUUGUUAGUUCCUUCUUUAAUUUUAUUGGUAUUAAGGGGGGUAUUAAAUUUAGGUGUUGGUACUGGAUGAACAGUAUACCCUCCAUUAUCUUCAAUAAUAGGUCAUAGGGGGUGUUCAGUGGAUUUAGCUAUUUUUUCUUUACAUUUAGCUGGGGCUUCAUCAAUUAUAGGGGCUAUUAAUUUUAUUACAACUAUUUUAAAUAUAAGAUUUUAUUUAAUUAAAUUAGAUCAAUUAAGUUUAUUAGUUUGAUCAAUUUUAAUUACUGCUAUUUUGUUAUUAUUAUCUUUACCUGUUUUAGCUGGUGCAAUUACUAUAUUAUUAACAGAUCGUAAUUUAAAUACAACUUUUUUUGAUUUUUCUGGUGGGGGGGAUCCUGUUUUAUAUCAACAUUUAUUUUGAUUUUUUGGUCAUCCUGAAGUUUAUAUUUUAAUUUUACCUGGAUUUGGUAUUAUUUCUCAUAUUAUUUAUAAUGAAAGAGGUAAAAAAGAAACAUUUGGUUCAUUAGGUAUAAUUUAUGCUAUAUUAACUAUUGGAUUUUUAGGUUUUAUUGUCUGAGCUCAUCAUAUAUUUACUAUUGGUAUAGAUGUUGAUACACGAGCUUAUUUUACUUCAGCUACAAUAAUUAUUGCUGUUCCUACUGGUAUUAAGGUAUUUAGGUGAUUAGCUUCUUUAAGUGGGGUAAAAAUUAAUUUAAAUUUAAGUAUAUAUUGAUCCAUUGGUUUUAUUAUUUUAUUUACUUUAGGAGGUUUAACUGGUAUUAUUUUAUCUAAUUCUUCAGUUGAUAUUAUUUUGCAUGAUACAUAUUAUGUUGUUGCUCAUUUUCAUUAUGUAUUAUCUAUAGGGGCUGUAUUUGCUAUUAUAGCUGGUUUUAUUUAUUGAUACCCUUUAUUUUUAGGGUUAAUUAUACAUGAUAAAAUAUUAAAAAUUCAGUUUUUUUUAAUGUUUAUAGGGGUAAAUUUAACUUUUUUUCCCCAACAUUUUUUAGGUAUAAGAGGGAUACCUCGUCGUUAUUCAGAUUAUCCAGAUAUAUAUAUAUCUUGAAAUAUUGUUUCUUCUUUUGGGUCUAUUAUAACUUUAGUAAGAAUUUUAUUAUUUAUUUAUUUAGUUUGAGAUAGAUUUAUUUCUUAUCGAUGUGUUAUUUUUUUAAGAUUUAGUAAUUCUUCUAUUGAAUGAUUUCAAUAUUAUCCUCCUUUAAUUCAUUCAUAUAUACAAUUACCUUUAUUAAUUAAUAAAUUUUAAUAUGGCAGAUUAGUGCAAUGAAUUUAAGAUUCAUAAAUAAAAAUUAUUUUUUUAUUAAAAAUAUAUAUUUGAAGAAUAAUAAAUUUUCAAGAUUAUAAUUCUUAUAUUAGUUUAUUAAUAAUUGAAUUUCAUGAUUAUGCUUUAAUAAUUUUAUUAAUUAUUAUAUUUUUUAUUAUUUAUAUUUUAAUUUGAUUUAUAUUUAAUAUUUAUAUUAAUAAAAAUAUUUUACAUCAUCAAAUAUUGGAAAUUAUUUGAACAUUAAUUCCUGUUUUUAUUUUAUUUUUUUUAGCUGUUCCUUCUUUAAAAAUUUUAUAUAUAAUUGAAGAAAUGUUAAAUCCUUAUUUAACAAUUAAAAUUAUUGGUCAUCAAUGAUAUUGAAGAUAUGAAUAUUCUGAUUUUUAUACUUUAAUAUUUGAUUCUUUUAUAAUUUCAGAUUAUGUUGAUAAUAGAGUAUUUCGUUUAUUAGAUGUUGAUAAUCGAUUAAUCUUACCUUUUAAUAUAAAUAUUCGAGGUAUUGUUACAUCAGUAGAUGUUAUUCAUUCUUGGGCUAUUCCAAUAAUAGGGGUUAAAGUUGAUGCUAUUCCUGGGCGUAUGAAUCAAUGUAAUAUUUAUAUAAAUCGAUUAGGGGUUUAUUUUGGUCAAUGUUCAGAAAUUUGUGGGUUAAAUCAUAGAUUUAUACCAAUUGUUUUGGAAAGAGUAAAUUUUGAAAUAUUUUUAUUUUGGGUAAAAAAUUUUUAAAACUUAUUAUUUAUAUUAAUAUUUUUAAAUUGACAAUUUAAUGUUAUGAUUUAACUAAAGUUUAUUUAAAUAGUUUAAAAAAAAUAUUAAUUUGUGGUAUUAAAGAUUUAUAAUUAAUUUAAAUUUCAUUAUAUAUCUUAAUUAUAAGAGUUGAAUUUUUAAUUCAAAAAUAAUAAAUUAGUAUUUAUUUUUAAUGAAUUCCACAGAUGUCACCUAUAGAUUGAUUAAUUUUAUCUUUUUUUUUAUUAUUAAUUUAUUUAUUAGGUUUAAUAUAUUUAUAUUUUAUAAUUGAAGUUAAUUUAAAUAAUAAUUAUAUUUUUAAGAAAAAUAAUUUUUUUAUUAAUUGAUAAUGAUAUUAAAUUUAUUUUCUAUUUUUGACCCUCAAGUUUUAUGAAUUUCAAUUAAUUGAGUAUCUAGUUUAUUAAUUAUUUUAUUAAUUCCACAAAUUUAUUGAAUUUAUAAUUCUCGAUUUAGGUACAUAUUUAUGUUAUUUAUAUAUAUAUUGUGGUUAGAAUUUAAAGUUAUUUUGAAAGUUAAAUUUAAUUUAAAUAAUUUAAUUUAUGUAAAUUUGUUAUUUUUUUUUAUUUUAAUUAAUAAUUUUAUAGGGUUAUUUCCUUAUAUUUUUACUAGAUCGAGACAUUUAGUUUAUUCAGUAAUUUUUUCAUUAUCUAUAUGAUUUGGGGUUAUAUUAUUUGGUUGAUUUAAAAAUACAAAAUUUAUAUUAAUUCAUUUAGUUCCUCAAGGUACUCCAUUUUUAUUAAUAUUUUUUAUAGUAUUUAUUGAAUUAUUAAGAAGAAUUAUUCGUCCUUUAACUUUAUCUGUUCGUUUAGCGGCUAAUAUAAUUGCUGGUCAUUUAUUGUUAGUUUUAUUAAGAAGAUUUGUACCUAGUAGAUUUAUAAUAUAUUUAAUAGUUUUAUUUGUUCAAAUAUUAUUAUUAUUAUUAGAAACUGGAGUUUCAAUUAUUCAAUCUUAUGUUUUUGUUAUUUUAAUAAUUUUAUAUUUAAAAGAAACUAAUUAAUUAAUGAAUAAAUUUUUUCAUCCGUAUCAUUUAGUUACUGAGAGUCCUUGACCUUUAAUAGGUUCUUUAUCUUUAAUAAUUUUUAUAAUUGGUGUUGUAAAAUGAUUUAAUGAAUUUAAUAAUAAUUUAUUAUUAAUUGGUAGUUUAAGAUUAUUAUUUAUUUUAAUUCAAUGGUGACGUGAUGUAAUUCGUGAAAGAACUUUACAAGGUAAUCAUACUUUAAAGGUUUUAAAAAGAAUUCAAAUUGGUAUAAUUUUGUUUAUUUUAUCUGAAGUUAUAUUUUUUACAUCUUUUUUUUGGAGAUAUUUUCAUAUAUUUUUAUCUCCUAGUAUUGAAUUAGGUAAUAAUUGACCUCCUAAAGAAAUUUUAGUUUUUAAUCCUUAUAAUAUUCCUUUAUUAAAUACUUUAAUUUUAUUAAGGUCUGGGGCAAGAAUUACUUGAUGUCAUAAUUUAAUUUAUCAAGGGUUUGAUUGAAAAGGGUGUCAAGAAUCAAUUAAUUUGACUAUUUUAUUAGGGGGGUUAUUUAUUAUAUUUCAAUAUAAAGAAUAUUCUGAAUCAUUUUUUUCUAUUUCUGAUUCAAUCUAUGGUUCUGUUUUUUUUAUAAUAACUGGUUUUCAUGGGUUACAUGUAAUUAUUGGUGUUUUAUUUAUUAUUAUUUCUAUAAAUCGAUUAUUAAAUUUUCAUUAUUCAAAUUUUCAUCAUUUUGGGUUUGAGGCGGCUUCUUGAUAUUGACAUUUUGUAGAUUUAGUAUGAUUAUUUUUAUAUUUAUUUAUUUAUUGAUUAUCAUUUUAAUA